AUGGUGGCGUGUGCUGCUGUGGCCACUCAUCCUCCGAUUUCGCUGGCAGUGCCCAUGACAUCUUGCGCACUGACCGUUGAGCAGCUCAAGCAACAUCUCCUCGCCGCCAUCGAAAAUGGGAAGAGUGAGGUUGCAUGUGAUGUUCUGUCGGAGCUCGAGAAGUCUUCUAGCACUAAGGAAAUUCUCGAGUCCACACGUGUCGGGGCCACAGUGAAUGAGGUACGAAAAAAGACAGCGGAUGUUUUCCCUGUUGUUUCUAAGCGAUGUCGAGCUUUAAUAAAGGCAUGGCAGAAACUGGUCGAGGCAAGUGUUUUUCUCUUACCUUUGGGGGUUCGGCCAGCAUCAAGCGCCACGUCUUCUGCCAAUGGAACACCGAACAUGGUGUCACCUAGCAUUGCCAAAUUAUCACGUAGAGUUACUCCGUGCACACCAGUAAAUAGACGUGUCACGUCUGCAGGUCUUGCAGGAAGCGCGACAAGUAGUGCGACAGUUUCACCCGAAAAUGGAAGUUAUGCUCCUAAAGAGUUAGCUUCCAGUAAUGGAGUUUUACAUAAGUCGCAAUCUGUUGGCUCCGAUCUAGCACAACGUGGGGAUGAUCCGCGGAAUGGGAAACGGAAACUUGACGAAGGAAGCCUAAACCCAGCAAGUGUACCGCCAUCCGGAAUGAAGCGCACGAAAACUGCUAUUGGUUCGUUGGCUUCUCCCGGUACUCCCACAGUUUCGGUACUGGCUGCGCGAAAGGCAGUCCAGAGCACAAAAGACUUGGUUGGUUUUCGAAUCAAGUCCUUUCAGUGCCUUCGCGCGAGUUUCUUCAACGAUAUCAUCAGUAAUAUUGAAAUAAAGCUUUCUUUACAACCUGGAAUCCUUGCUCCCGGUUCAGCUGCGACUUCUGACGGGACGUGGAUUCCCCGAAUGAUCGGCUGUAUCGGGCACAUGGAUCCUGUACAGUCUAAAUGA